AUGGGUUUACAGCCAAGUGUGAAGGCAGCUUUUCUUGCCAAGCUAAGAGAAUACAAAACUGAUUUGAACAAUUUGAAGACCCAGGUGAAGAGAAUCACAUCACCUGUUGCGAACUUUGCAGCCCGGCAUGCGUUGUUGGAGCCCGGAAUUGCAGAUUCCUUGACGACAUCGAACGAUCAACGAGGAAGAUUGUUGAUGACGACUGAGGUUGAAUCAGUCGACGGACAGAAUCAAGGAGAGGAGAAGAGCAAUGCUGGAAACCGAGGAGCUCGGGGUCUCAAUCCUCCAAGAUUUGCAUCAGCAACGCGACUCCACGGGGUGGAUGAAAGUUUCAGCAAGAGCAAGGUGUUGGCUGCCAUGACGAGGAGUACCGAGCGGGAACAAAUGGAUCGUCGGCUCCAUCAUCGGAGUCUUUGCCGUUGCAAUCUUGUUUAUCCUAUAUCUUAA